AUUCAGUAGGAAAAAGCGGCGAGGAGUAGGAUUGGUAGAUGAAAAUGGAGAACUCGGCGAUACUGAGAGAAUGGUUCGAUCGCGUUGACACGCACAAAAUCGGCAGUAUCACUGCUAUUCAACUCAAGAGUGCUUUUGCAAUUGGAAAUUUACAAUUUCCCAUCACUGUUGUCCAGCAAAUGAUCAGGAUGUGCGAUUUUGACCAGAAUGGAACCAUGAGUUUUGAAGAGUUUGUUGAACUUAACAAGUUUCUGCUGAAGGUGCAACAUGUGUUCUCAGACUUGGAGAGGGGUCGUGGAUUUCUUGUCCCAGAUGAUGUUUACGAGGCCUUGAUAAAAAUUGGAUUCCGCCUUGACUCUCCAGCAUUAUACACGGUCUGCGAGAGUUUUGAUAGGAAUAAGAAUGGAAAAUUCAGGCUUGAUGACUUCAUAUCUCUUUGUAUCUUUGUACAGUCUGCACGGAACCUUUUUGAUUCAUUUGACACAACCAAACAAGGCCGAGUGACUCUUGAUCUUAACCAAUUUAUCUACUGCACUGCCAAUUGUAGAAUCUGAGGUCGUUGUCUCUCUAUCCAGUUUCCGAUUGCUGAGUUGACCUUAGCCUCACUGCUAGCAAUGGUGAUUUGAGAGUAAAAUGCUUUGUAUGAUUUCUGUAAAAUGCAAUGAUUUGAAAAGGAGGCUUUGAGCAAGCGGUGUAUGGUUGGAGCACUAAGAAGUCAUUUGGUUUGUGUGCAAGUUAUAUCAGGAUUUAGUGAAGGUUUUAGGGUGAAUGAUCAUCACUAGAUUAUUGUAUUUGUUUAGACAUUCAGUUCGUCGCACAAAAAUAUUGAUAAAUGGUGUUUAUUUAAACCUGUCUGUGGUCUUAAAACGGUU